CGUCGGUUGCAUAAAGCCUCUGGACUGGAGUAGUAGUACCACACAGUUUGCCAGGGAUAGGGGGAGAAAGCGAGAGAGAGGAGAGGAGGGAGGAGGAGGCGGCGGCGGCGCGCCAUCACUCUACCCCUGCUCUGCUGAUCCGGAGGACGGAGGCGAGGGAAAUUGCAAACUUCAUCAAUGGCGACUCCCACCACCUACUCAGUCCGCAUCUCCUCAGAGACCCACAAGAUCGAGACCUGGCUGUCGUCUGACGAAGCUCUGGCCAGGCAGCUGCAGGAGGAGGAGAACACGCGCGACGCCGCUGCCGACACCAGAGAAUUCACCGGUAAUGUGUCCUUGGAGCCAUCGUCACCGGCUGUUGAGUACAGGCCUGCACAGAAUGCAGCUCAGGUGGCACGGGAAGACAAUGUGGACCCAGAUAAUAUGUCGUAUGAGCAACUACAAGCAUUAGGGGAAGCAGUAGGAACUCAGUCCAGAGGGUUAUCUGAUGAGCUGAUAUCUUAUUUGGAGCCAUUUAGGCACAAGUGCACCUUAUUCUCCAGGAAUAAGAACAAUGAAGAAUGUGUGAUAUGCAAAACGACUUAUAAGAGCCGUCAGAAGAUGAUAAGACUGCCCUGCAGCCAUUGUUAUCAUGCAAAUUGUAUAACUCGCUGGCUUAAGAUCAACAAGGCAUGCCCAGUCUGCAACGAGGAGGUAUUUGGAUGAACUAAGAGGCUCUCGGCAAAUAUUUCAGCUUCAUCGUUCACGUUGGGCUUCAUAUGGGCCAUGCUAUGUGAUUAUGUUAGGCUAGUUGGGUUAUGUGCUUACGAAAACUGUUUGUUGGUUUACACGCACUGUUAACUGUACCUGGUCUUGUUUGAUGACGGGUCGAUGAAUCCACGAGUUGAUAAAUGUGUGGGUACAGUACUUCGGUUGCCAGUUUUCUGUCUAUGCAACCAAGCAGGAUUCCUUUUUCCAUUUUUCUUGGAGAAAUUAAAGCAGGACUAGUUCAAUGUAAUGGUAUGUUUAUCUCUGUAUUUCUCCAACAUCUACAUGAUUUAAUUCUGUAAAGAAAAACUCUCCUGUUCUGCGACCUACUCGUAGGGGCAAAACAGGGAUGCAAACACACCAAAAAUAUCUUGGGCCU